UCAAUAUUUGUUAUUUUCAUCAUCAGUUAUGUGAAUGCAUGCAAAGAGCAGAGCCUAAUUUUGCCGUUGGUUUUACCUUCUGCAGAAUUGGAGGUUUUUUCAUCAGGAAAAGUCAGACAAGAAGGAAUCUCCUCCUUCAGGAACAGUUAAUGUGUGUGGUUUUACACAGGGCUUUGUAUAUUUGCAAGUCUUCCAUGUUGGCAAAAGGGCAGGUUCUAAGUUUAAAUAGAUAGAAAGAACAUUGAAUUUAUAGAGAAGUAGGUUUCUGGAAUACUUUCCUUCAGAACAUGACAAAGUAACUGCUGCUGCAUCUCCUGGAUCUAAUGCUGGGGCAAAAAACCUGCUUGAAGAGAGCAUAUGUGAGUCAGAACACUAGAGUAAUGCUGUAAUGGAACAGAGCUAAUGAAAAAACAGUGAUACAGAGAAGUCAUGAAGAAAAUGCGUAGUUGUAAGUGGAGUUUGUUCAGUCCUGUUUUCUCUUUAAAUUAUUUCUAUUAUAAUGUUUUAAUCUCCUUUAAAAUUGAAAACCAGAGAAUUUGAGUGUUACUGUCUGUCACAAUUAGUGAUGAAAGCUGGAGCUUUUGUACAAACACCCAUAACCCCCCUCCAGGGAACUUAAAGGUUUAUGUAUUUCUACUUGUGUUCAGCAUUCCUGCAGGGACUCAUUCCUUCUUGCAGCUAGGCAAGAGAAGACCUGCCUUGUAAUUUGAAUGAAAUUUGCAGAGGAGAAGGGAAGAGAAGGGGAAGAAGGAAGAAAGCAGGCACUGCAAGAAGCAGUGUAGAUGACUCAGUAUAUGGCACACUUCUGAAUCAGUUUGGUGAAGUAAGCCACAGCAGCCGGAAGUGCCGUCUUUGACUGUUGUAGAAAUUGGUGAUCAGCUGAAGAUUCUUCACAACAGGGUGGGAUUCUCCUGCUUAUCCCUCAGUUUGAAUAAAUGCAUUUGUCCUUUCACAGUGCUGUAAAAACUGGCAGGCUGAAUAGGGAGGAAAAAAAAAAGCAGUAAGGCAGGCCAAAUGAAGGAACAACUUGUCAGAGGCAUGCAACUGAUAGAUCCUUUUCUAAAAAAAGUCUGGAGAGCCAAUAGACAAUUUGGGGAUAAAAAAACCCCUAUGGGAUAGGCUAUGGGAAGAUAUGAGCAUAACAAGGAAAACAAAAAAAUUUUGCAUUUGUGUUCAACUUGGAAGAGUGUGAAUUUCAGUACCUUUUCUUAUGGCUUGUAUUCUGUGGAAUGAUGUGUCUCAAAUUGAAGAGUCAGUACUGGCAGUUACAGAACAAAAUGAUUUGUAAUGAAGCACCACGAUUGGCUACUUUUUGUGUUCUCUUAUUGUAAAUGUCUCAUUUAAAGCAGCUUUGGGACCAAUAGAUCAGAAAGUGAUUAGUGGGUUCUUUAUCCUCUCGAAGUAAUCAAAAGAGAACCAGGAAAAUAGAGACAAGUGAGUGGUAUUUGGAGCAGGCAGCUGGGUAGACACUGCUUUAAAGAAUGAAACCAGUGGAAAUGAAGGGAAACAUGAGAGCAAAAACAUUGGGUUUGUGUAAUAUCAGAACUGCAUUUCUGUUUUUAGUUAUUGUAGAGAAAUGUGAAGCCUAUGAUGUGAUGUUGAGGCAAAGUCUUGUGCUUAAUGGGCAGCCUCUUGCUAUUAGAUGUUCACUGGAAAAGAGCUUGAGAAUUGAAGAUUACAACUUAACAUGGUAUAAAGUUGGUAACCAGACAGCUGUACCUAGAGCUAGAAUUCAUCAGCAGAAGAAUUUAAUUUGGUUUCUUCCUGCAGUGCUAGAAGAUUCUGGAGAUUAUGAAUGUGUCAUAAGGAACUUGACAAGCUGCUGGAGAAUGUGUACAAAAGUAGCAGUUUUUGAGAGGACUGAUGGUUUAUGCUUAAAUGAAAAAUAUGCUGUAGGGGAAUUGAUAUUUACAUUAUCAUCUGCGAAGGUUGUGGGUCCACUGGAUCAUUUCAGGAAUGAGAAGAAUUUUCAACCUGUUUGUUGGUACAAGGACUGGCAGCUGCUGGAAGGGGAAAGGUUUGCCUUCUCAAACAGCGAUCUUAUAAUUUUCAAUGUGACUGUACAGGAUCAAGGAAACUAUACAUGCGAGAUAACAUAUACCUACAAUGGGCAACAGUAUAACAUUUCAUGAGACGUCAGUCUGACUGUAGAGGUGAGCCCACCAAAAAAGCCGCCUGAAAUAUCUUACCCAAGAAACAACUCCAUUGAAGUGCAACUUGGCUCACAGGUUACAGUGGAUUGUAAUACAACAGGUGCUGAUGGGUAUGAGGUGUUUUGGACAAGCAAUGGUGUGUAUAUUGAUGUAUUUUUUUAUGAACAGAAUUUUGCAAGCCCGUAUAAGUAUGAAACUUCUUAUGAUGGAAACCCUGUGCAUUCUGUGGAGGUAGUAAUUUUGGAAGUGAAUAGUGAAGAUUAUGAACAACCAUUUGUCUGCCAAACUUCAAAUGCCUUUGGGCAGGUUGCAUCCUAUAUUAUAUUAAAACGCAGAGCUCCUGACAUACAGAGGUGGCUGAUUGGAGGCCUUCUCUCUCUCUGAAUUUUAACAUUUAUCACUUUCAUAAUCUACAAGAUCUUCAAGAUUGACUUGGUGUUUUGGUACCGUAGUUCUAUCUGUGCUUUUACAAGUAAGGAAGAUGGCAAAGUCUACAAUGCAUAUGUCCUGUACGCAAAAAACAGUGUAAGCAGAAGUUUCUAUCAGUUGGAAACCUUUGUUCAUAGAAUACUUCCUGAUAUUUUAGAACAACAAUAUGGGUAUAAUCUCUUUAUAUUGGGAAGGGAUGAUUUACCAGGAGAAGCUGUGGUCAGUGUUGCUGAUGAAAUCCUUAAGCAAAGCAGAAGACUGAUGAUUAUUUUGGGAUCAGAAACAUCUGGUUGCUGCCUGUUAGAAGAUACCACUGAGCAACAACUAGCUAUGUAUAAUGCUCUUAUCCGUAAUGGGAUUCAAGUGAUUCUUAUAGAAAUGGAUGAAAUACUGGACUAUACAAGCAUGCCGGAAUCAAUCAGGUACAUUAAGCAAGAACAUGGAGCUAUCAAAUGGAAAGGGGACUUCUUAGAGAAAUCUUGUUCAACAAAUACAUGAUUCUGGAAAAAUGUGCGGUAUCAGAUGCCAUCUAAGAAAAAGAUUUACUCUGAAGUGUAUUUGUUGCCCCUGACUUUGAACCUUUCUUCAGCAAAGGGAAAUUAAGAUGUACUUAUUAAAAUAGUACUGAGAAGGCAA